GGUACGAGGAGAGUGCUGUACCCAUGAUGCUGUUGGCAGUGUCUCUGUUCCUCCUGCUGGUUUCCUCCUCUCUGGGGGCCCCACUGAGUGGGCCCCUCAUGAGGACCCGAAACAAACUGCUGCUCAUCUCUUUCGACGGAUUCCGGUGGGACUACGACCGAGAUGUGGACACCCCUAAUCUGGAUGCCAUGGCACUGGAUGGAGUCAAAGCAACUUAUGUGACUCCGCCUUUCCUGACCAUUACCAGUCCUGUACACUUCACACUGCUGACAGGACGUUACAUUGAGAAUCACGGAGUGAUCCACAACAUGUGGUUCAACACAACUACACAAGAAAAAAAGCAAUACUACAUGGCACAGUUUGUCGAUGAAUACUGGGAUAAUGGCAGUCUACCCAUCUGGAUCACUGCUCAGAGGCAGGGUCUGAAAACAGGCUCACUCCACUUCCCUGGCACUGCAGCCACCUACCAAGGUGAGAAGGUGCAGGUGAGCCAGGUAGAGGCACGCUUCUACGACCACUCCAAUGAGACAGAAUGGCGAAUGAAUAUCGACAAGGUGGUUGGGACCUGGUUUGCUGAGCAGGACUUGGACUUUGUCUCUCUGUACUUUGGGGAACCAGACGAAACAGGACACGAAUAUGGUCCAGACACACCAGAGCGCAGGGAGAUGGUGAAGCAGGUGGACCGUACGGUGGGUUAUAUUCGCACUGCUGUUCAAAAACAUGGUCUCACUGACCAUCUGAACAUCAUCAUCACAGCAGACCAUGGCAUGUCCACAGUACUCAAGAAAGGCCUGGUCAAUGAGAUCAUCUUGUCCAAGAUCCCUGGCUUCUCCUUCCGGGACAUCAAGUUCCAUCUGAUAGACUAUGGCCCCACUGGCUUGAUGCUGCCCAAGGAGGGAAUGCUGGACAAGGUCUACAAUGCCCUGAAAGGAGGGCAUCCCAACCUCCGCGUCUACAAGAAGGAGGACAUGCCUGAGCGCCUCCACUAUUCCAAACACCCUCGACUCCUGCCCCUCAUACUCAUGGCUGACCCUGGGUAUGUCAUCAAUGGGCUGUUCCCAGUGCAAUCCAGCAAGGGGGAGCAUGGCUAUGACAACCAGGUGAUGGAUAUGAAGCCCUUUUUCCGAGCAGUGGGGCCGGAUUUUCACAAAAACCUGCUGGUGGGACCAUUUGAAACAGUGAGCGUGUACCCCCUAAUGUGCCACUUAUUGGGCAUUACACCUGAAAUCCACGAUGGGUCCCUAGAUGACACCCGGCACAUGUUAGUCUCUUCUAAGGGUACAGGUACUGAUGAAGAAACACAAGAUUCUGUCCGGGCUAACGUCUUUAUCGCUUUGGCAGCAGUGGCUGGGUUUUUGGUUGUCGUCGGCAUGGUGGUCACAGCACAUUCCACAUACAAACGAAGGAAAGACAGUGUGAAAUCCAAAGAAGAUAUAUUUGAUGAUAAAAAGGAAACUUCUACGCAAACAUCUUUCUGAGAAUGCUGUUGCAAAGAGCAUCUGUAGUCAGCGCAGUCAUCAGUGAUCAGUUCAAAUGUAAAUGAAUUGAAGAGAAAUGUGGUCUGGCUGCAACAUCCGGGAGAUAAGUAACAUGAGCAUUGCACACAAGGUUCAAAAAGUUCUCGGAAGUUGCUGUUCAUGUUACUAAAUACCCUAAAUGAUAUCCAAGCAGAAACAAACAGCUGAAUAUAUAUGCAUAUAGCUGCAACAUUGUGGUUGGCAAGAGGACGCCUAAGCUAAUAUGAAUAAAUGAAUACUGAUAAUGCAUGGUGGGUCGUCCUAAUUCAUUUAGGCUGAUGUAAUGAUCAGUAAUGACAAGGUCCCACAAUUAGCGUGGUUUUGUUUUCACAGACUGUUAAAUCUUUUUGUACACUAUCAAAGUGUCAGUUCAAUGUGAAUCAUAAGACAAACUGUAAUAAAGUGUCACAGCUAUUGUAGUCUUGUAAAUCAGCAGGCAGAGACUUUUUGCUACAACAAGUAACCAAUUAACAUAUUGCAUGAGAAUAUAUGGCCAAUCUGAGUAUACAGUUGUAUUCAUUAGGUUUUAUUCGGCAUUAACUAAAAACUUUUUAAACGCACAAUAUAUUAACAAAAUAAACAUUUACUACAUCA